AUGUACAAUGUCUUUCAAGGCGCACGCCAACAGCUCACAGUCGACAAGAGACUCGCUGUCGAAAUCACCACUUUCGCGUAUUACUUUAGCGGCGUAACACCAGUCAACAGUUUUGGACUCGUACCAUACGCCAAUAAUAUCAUUUUGUUGCAAAAUGCUUACAAAUUUUUGGAACUUUGUAUUAACAAGAUGCAUAUUUUCAUACAAAAUGUAGCGCAACCGGAAACCAACAAUGAUGUUGCAACCAAACAAUAUGUGGAUGAGCGUUUCGCAAAAUUUGAGACUGAUAGUAUAAACAACAUUGCGCGUAAACACUACGUACAGGAUAAUGCUCUUUGUCUGACUGCUGAUCGUAAGUUUUUUGACGCAAAAGGAAUUAAAAUACGACAUGUACCAUGGCCGGAAGCUAUAAGUGACGUUGCACAUAAAAAUUAUGUGGAUGAGAAUGUGAGAAAGUGGAAAGAGCAGUUCGGAAAGUAUGUGGCAGAGAACAUUGAAACGUUGAAAGAUCGAUUGGAAGAGGAUAUUAAAACGUUGAAAGAUCAAUUGGAAGAGAAUAGUAGAAUGUUGAAAACUGGACAAAUAGUAAUCGAGAUGAAAAUCAGACAGAGUAUAAAUGCUCUUCAUCAAAACAUCAACCUACGUGUCAUCGUGCGCGAGUACGACGAUCUGUGGCAGGCUGAUGUGGUAGAGAUGCGUCUUUACGCGCGAUGCAACAAUGGUCAUCACUAUAUACUUACGGUUAUCGAUGUGCUUAGCAAGCAUGCAUGGGCCGCACCUCUCAAGACUAAGAGUGGAAAAGAAGUAGUCGAUGCUUUCGCACAGAUAAUUCGAAAUGACGGUAGAUGCUCGAAGAACCUCCAAACCGAUCAGGGCAUGGAAUUUUACAACGCUGAUGUGCAGAAACUUACAAAGAAACACAGCUACAACAAACGUAAGCACCGAACCAUCGGUAUACGUCCUAUCGAUGUGACUCCAGCGAUUGCGGAAAAACUUCUGAGUACAGUGUACAGCAACGUAAAAAUCGCAGCGCCUACUAGAUUCAAAGUUGGUGACCAUGUACGUGUUAGCAAAUUCAAGACUGUCUUCGAGAAAGGUUAUACACCGAACUGGACAACUGANGUGUUUAAAAUUGUGAAGGUGCAGCGUACUAAUCCGGUUACUUAUCUGCUGAAAGAUUCUUGUGGAAAGUCUAUCGCUGGAGGAUUUUACGAAUAUGAGUUGCAUCGCGUUGCUAAUCCUGACGUAUACCUCGUGGAAAAAGUGUUGCGCAAGAAAGGUGACAAGGUUUAUGUGAAAUGGUUAGGAUUUGACAAUUCAUAUAAUUCAUGGAUAAACAGGGAUAAUGUGUUGUAAAAAAUAAGUUUUAUUAUAACCUUUUGUAUUACAAACAAUAUAUAUAUGUCUUAUUC